AUGAAGCCCUAUACAUGUGCUGUUCUCACACCAGAGCAAAGAUACUUCAAUUAUCGUUUAUCCCGUGCACAAAUGGUGACUGAAUGUGCUUAUGGGCAAUUGAAAGGAUGGUUUAGAGUUUUGUUUAGGAAAUGCGAGUGCAACGAGCAAACAAUGAAAACAGUAACAUUGGCUUGCAUAGUGCUUCACAAUACUUGUAUUGAAUACAAUGAACCCUUCCCUCAGCAACUUGAUAUAGCUACUGAUGUAACAACAUUGGAACGGCGAGAUAGGGAGACUGUUCGGGAUCUACUAAACAUGCGCACAUGCGAAAAAGAUAAAGAUACCUCUGUUCAAGCAGGCAAAAUACGAGAAGCAUUAAAAGAAAAAUUGUGGAAAGAAAAAAACAAGGACAUGGAGUGUGUUGAUAAAAUAGAUCCAUGA